UGUUGGCGACUCUUUUUCUCUAGCUUCUUUUCCUUGGAGCGCCGCCGUGCUUAAAAAUAUGACCCACAUGUAGGGCGAAGAGUUGAAAAAUUCCCUACACUUAUGUGACAAAGGUGUUUGACAAAAUGGAGAAGGUUGCAAGGCACUGUAUAGUGCAAGUAUCAAGGGGUGAUAACUAUAAGGUCCAACUUAAUGCUGCCAGGUGAAAGUGGACCUCCAAAACAGGACUUCAUAUGCUAUCAUUGGCUAUUAACAGGACUUCCUUGUGCUCAUGGGUUUGCAUGCAUUCUUGACAAGAGAGUGAAUCCUAAAAUGUAUGUAGACUAUUGUUACACAAGGGAGAAAUACAUGUUAGCAUAUGAACUUCCUGUGCAGCCUAUGCUAGGUCCUAAGCAUUGGGAGAAGAUUCAGAUGAGGGAGCCACUACCUCCACCAGUUAGGGUUAUGCCUAGCAGGCCCAAGUCCAAAAAGAGGAAGUUAGAAAGGGGUGAGGGUGCAGCAGAACCACCAUAAUCCAAUGACAAGCAGAGGAGGCAAAAAAGAUGCAAGAAAUGUUCUCAGUUUGGUCAUUAUGCCAAAACUUGUGUCAAUGAAGCUGUUCAAUUACCAAAACCUUCUUCCCAACCCAAAACAAAAAGGCAAGCCAGUUCUAAACAAUCCAUGGAUGGUAGAACAAAGGAGGAAAAAGGAAUAGAGGGCUAUGACUCUAUGAGUAAGACUACAGAAGGAGCAAGUCCUAACAGCAUUGCUAAAAAAAAAAAGUUCCCACAAGAAGAGGCAGCUAAACAGAAGGCAGCAGCAACAUCAACAACAUCAGCAGGAGCAGGACCACCAGCAUCAACAUCAACAUCACAGGAAGCCAAUACUAGAACUAGACAGUCUGCAGUAGCAGAAGCUAACCUUUGCAGCCAAGCAUCAACCACUACUACAUCUCAUAAGCCAAAAAGACCCAAGCCAUCAGCAAACAAGGCUAGGAAGAAAAACAAAAAAUUGUGGCAAAGUUAUAGCUGUCAUAGCCUAUUAGUUUGUCUAGUUUAGAUGUGAUCAAGUACAUGUUAUUGUAAUCUUAAUUUUGAACAAAUUAUGCAGUUAAGUUUAGUUGUUUAAAUAGAAGCCUUUAAUGAAUAUGUGUACUCAUGGAAGGCUGUUAACAACCUUUUGUACAUAUACAUUCAAGUUGCAAAGACAAAUAAAAUUAAUAGCCAAUUCAAAGUCUUUGCAAAUUUCUAGUCAUUCUUAAAUAGAAUCCUUACACAAACCUAGCUUAACUAACACCCUAAUUUGCAAAUAAAGUACCAUCAUAAUAAAAUAUGAAAUUAAUCAUUACAUCAGCAAACAUAAUGUCCUGCCU